AUGACUAUCUUGUCUACCACUCAGCUUCAUAUUAUGUGGACGAUCCUCAUUUCCUUACUGUACAUUAUCGGCGCUGCCCACGGUCAAGGACCAGGCCAGGCCGAGCUCGAUCUCAUCACCCAGCGCCGACGAGUCGACCUCGCGGCGUUUCCGACAGACGCCAAUCUCGCUAGCAUCCCCAGCUGGCUGAGCACGCAGAAGUCCGAUGGAACAUGGCCGGACGUCAACUACGCUACAGGUUGCGAUGCACAACGAGCAAAUUGGCCAAUCCAGCAACACUGGAUCAGGCUCAUCACCUUUGCCUCGGCCUGGUCUGGCCUCAACCCCUCGUCCUCGGCUAAUAACACGGACUCAGCUCCGCUCCUUGCGGCCACGAAGAAGGGGAUGGAUUGGUGGUUCGCCAACGACUUCAAAUCGGAAGACUGUGUCGGAUCAGGUGGAAAGGAUAACGGUACCUGUCCCUGCGGUACCCCAGGGCUGUGGAACACCAACUGGUUCGGCCAAGUCAUCCUCAUCCCUCAGCUCGCAUCGACCGCUUGUCUGCUCGUUGCCGAUUCUGGCCUUUCGCAGGCGCAGGCGGAUGGGUGUUUCCGGAUUCCGAACAGGGCGUAUACCAGGAGGGAUCAGUUCAUACCUGGUCUGGGCUACCUCACGGGUGCGAACACAAUCAACGUCAUGCAGAACUCGGUAUCGAUGGCACUGUUCACCAAUAAUGCGACCACCUUGACAGAUACCCUGGAUAGGGCUAUGGCUGUAGUCACUUACUCGGACAAGCCGAAGGAAGAUGGUAUCCAUCGAGAUGGGUCCUUCUUGCAGCAUGACGGUAUCCUCUACAGCGGUAACUACGGCAAGGACCUACUCAAUGCCUUCAUCCAGCUUGAGGGCGAGGCGAUCGGGACCUCCUUUGCAGCCAACAGCUCGACUCGAGAGGCCUUUGCGACGGAUAUUAGGGGGAGCGAGUGGAUGAUCUAUGUUGACGAGAAGACCAAGCAGGAGAAGUGGGACCUGAAUGCGGUGGGACGCUUCAUCGCCUUUCCCGUCUCGGACCUCCAGGCCAAUGCGGAUAUCAACUUCAAUGUCAGCAAGCUCGCCACUGCUACAGCAGACUUUGAGGGGGCGAAUGAUAUCAGCGCGACGGUACGGAGGCUGCAGUCGAACGGAACGGAGAAGCUGCUGGGGAACAAGGCUUUCUACGCUGGUGACUAUAUGUUACACCGCCGCAAUAGCUUCGUCCUGGGCAACAAGCUCCUAUCAAACCGCUCUUUCACCACCGAGUACACCAACACCGCCAAUCCCCUCGGGGUGCACCUCGGCCAAGGAACGCUAUUUUCAUACGUCACCGGGAGGGAGUACCUCGAUAUCCAAGCAGCGUGGGAUUGGAAUCUUAUCCCUGGUACGACCGUCCUCCUCGGUCAUCCCGUUUUGAACUCCACCAAUGUUGGUCGGGCGGGAAAGAAGACGUAUGUCGGUGUCGUGAGCGACGGAUGGGUCGGGACGUCCGUCAUGGACUAUGUCGACUCGGUUGAUGGGAGCUUGUCGUACCGCAAGGCAUGGUUCUUCCUGGACGACUCGGUCAUCGUCACCACCUCCGCCUUAUCCGUCAAUACCUCGGUGGCGGGCGUAUCUGGCCGGCCGGUCGUCUCGGUACUUGAUAACCGGGCGUCCGUCGGCGGCUCGGCAUGGGUGGAUGGCGUCGAGACGCGCCUCUCUGCCCAGACAAAGAUCAACGGCUCUACACUCUACUACGGCGGGAACGGCUACCUAUCGUACGGCUCCCCCUUCUCAUUCACCCUCUCCGAGGGCAAUCGGACAGGCAACUGGUCGGCCAUCUCCACGUCCAUCCGAGGCAACACCACCGUCCCCAUCUUCUCAGCCUACACAACUCUCAACACCAAUACCUCUGCUAUCUCCUCCUACGCCUUCUUCCCUGCCACCUCGGCCGAGCGUCUCGCAUCUGAAGCUGCCAGUCCAAGCUCAGUCGUCCUCUCCUCGAACGGCACGAUCGCAGUGGCGGGUCUCGAGCGCCUCAGCGUCGUCUUCUACCCCGGCUCAUCUACCAGCAUCACCAUCCCUCUCGCCACUAUCGGCUGGUCGCCAGCUGGCAGUAUCACUCUCCGCUCGGACCAGCCGGCCAUCUAUCUCUUUGCCACCAAGGUCAACGCUGCCGGGCAGACGGUGUUGGUCAUCACGCUCUCGGAUCCGAGUCAGUCACUUGACAAGCUCUCUUUCGGGAUGGAUGUUGAGGGGGCGGGCGUCGGCUGUUUAGCUGCCAGCUGGGACGACGGGUGCAGCAGGACAGGCAAAGGGCUCAGGUUCGACGUGGGUAUGCCAAGAGGGGGCUUUGCGGGGGAUAGCGUGUUCCGGGAGGUGAUCCUGGGCUGA